CCAAACGCCGCAAUUAUCAAAAUUGUUCAGCUUCACCGGAUUUGUCGUUAAACUGUCCAAUUAGGUCAUCUCGCACUGCCACUACUUUCUCUUGCCAAGGUGCAAGCUCAGCAAGGCUGAAGUCACCUUGGAACGGCACACUCGUUUUAUCUGAUAAAGACUCAUCUGGGCUCAUGCCUGUAUCUUCUGACCCACUUAAUCAAUGUUUCCAUCACUGAUUGAGCUUACCGGUCAGGGGACAGACGAAAUGUGGAUGGGUUUAAAAGAGAGGUAUGCUGCCGUAUUUGGAAAUGAUUUUCUGUAUCAAGCAAUCAAGUACCCGGCAAUAUCAAACUCAAAAUCCACUUUCUCCUCGAUUUUAACCCUCUCACACCUUGUUGUUCAACCUUGUCUGUUCAAUAAAAAUGCUACUCACCAGGGCCGCCGUUGCGCUAGCCAUCAUCGACUUCACUGCAGUAGCUACAUGUACAGCCUCGGGUGCAAAACCAUGGCCCACCAACAAUAACUUCGGAACCAGCUUUGGAGGGGGAAAUGGAGGAGACAUCUACGGAGGCGCACAAAGCGUUUCGGACUGUGCAAACUACUGCAAACAAGAUCAAGCCUGUGUGACCGGCUGCCUGGACUUGAUCAUGGCGGGGCAAUGCAACGCUGUCGGAGGUUCCGCUUGUGACGACACCACUGGUGCUGGAACUGGGACCGGUGAUGACCCAUCAGACGGCUUGAUCAAGCUGAGAAAGCGCAAUACAUUCAACAAGCGAGCAACCCUCACCUGCUCGAGCGCAGAGACUUGUUAUCAAUACACGGAUGACUCCCUGCUUUGUGUGAACCUGAGCGAUGGUUCAUAUCAUGACGACCUGGGAGGAAACGGUAGCCUCAAAGACGGAACCUAUACAUCACCAAGUGGAGUCGUCCAAACAGGAACGGGUACACCGGCAAACGUCGCAACAGAGGUAGCUACAACAACUACACGUGCCGGCACUGCCAUUGGAAACUCGCCUGCGAAAGCAAGUGCAGAUACAACUGCAACAAGGACCUCAGCUGCGGACAGUACAGGCAGUGAUACCACUGCCACACAGACUUCGAGUGCAGCAGCAGCAGCAGCAACGAGUUCCAACGCAGCAGAGAAGAUCAGAGCUGGAGGGGUUGCAUUGGGCGCUUUUGGCUUGGCUGUUGGGCUUGUGUUGUAGAGCCUGACUGUUCAGUUGUCAAAGUAGCCAAUAUAUUUUGGUAACUGGAGGAGUGCGAGUUCUAUAGAAGCUUGAAUGUUGUGCCUCUGCUCCUUUUCGUUUAUCUAUGUCAGUGAUUACCCCAGACUCCAUAGAUAUUUCGCAAGAACGGA